AUGGCUCCCGACCUGAACUCGGUGCCACCGUCUCCGCGCCCAAACAUCACGAGCAAUCCGUCCACCUCGCAGCCUGCAUCAGGCUCGCUGUCCCGUCAGAACUCUACGCCAGCCUCGAGACGUGCUUCGCAGAUAUACCCCAUGAGCCCCCCGCCACUGCCUCUGGCGUCCCCUGGAGGUACUAUUCCGCAGUCUGCACAGUUAGGGACUCAGCAUGGACACGCCGCGUUCCCUCCUCUGAGCCCAAGCAUGAGCAGUUAUGUAUCGAAUGUGGACGCUGCAGGCGUGCCAAUGCGACACCCACGGCCAAUGACGCCUGCUGAGAUGCACCUGGAGCUCGAAAAGGAACAAGAGGCAGUGGUCAAUCGCCUGACACGAGAACUCUCCGCCUUGCGCGCCCACUCUGCAUCGGUAGCCUCGACAACAUCAAACGCUACGGACUCAUCGGCAGCACACGCCGAAGCUUCCACUGGCCCAAUGCAUCCUACGUCCUCUCGUCGCCACCGCAGCUCCUCCAGCGUCUCCCGUACUGGCCUGCCGCCGGGUAGUUAUCCACAUCGGUACUCGAUCUCCUCCCAGCCAGCAACAAGCGAUCCUUCGCACAGGGAUAAUAGAAGCUCUAGCGUGGUCAGCACACCUCGCUACGAGGAGGUUGCGCAGCAGAGAGCGGAGUUAGAGGAAGUCAAGAGGGAGAAUGAACGGCUCAAGCAGCGGAUUCGAGAUCUUGAGCGCAUGAUCAGAGGGACAGAUACUGAUGGGCAGAGGGGCAGGAGGGGUGCACCGCCAGCACAGGGCAAUACUGGAGGAACUGCCGGUGCGGACGCUGUUCCUCAGGACAACGUCGAUAGGGCGGAGUAG